AUGUCUAAGGUAUCAUGCCAUACUGUCGUACUUACACUCUUAUCACUCUCACUAUUUGUCAAAAGUGAGACAGAUAACGUGAAUAACAAUUAUUUUAUUACAUUACAAAAACUAUACGGCGAUACAAUAAAUGCACAUCAAACCUUCGUCCACAAUUGGGAUGAUGCUACGCAAAGGAUGAUUAAGGAAGGAAUUACUAACAAUUUUAAUAAGACCAAAGGGAGUAGAUUUUUACAAGUUAAAUUAAAGGGGCCUACGAAUGUUGAGAAUAUAAGGGAGGGACUUUAUGAUACCCAAGCCAAACGAGAUCCCCCGGCAGCAAAAGUUUACAUUGAUGAAAAGGAGGACUUGAAUGAGUUGUAUAAUGAUGCAAAGGAAUAUAAUUUGUUCAGUGAUGACUCGGCCUGGGAUUCCUUCCAAAUGAAUCUACACCAGCUAUAUCGUGAUGUACAGUAA